AUGGUCACCAUCGUCAAGAAGCGCACGCAGAAGUUCAAGCGCCACCACUCUGACCGCUACAAGCGUGUCGGAGAGAGCUGGAGGAAGCCUCGCGGUAUCGACUCGGCCGUCCGUCGUCGUUUCCGCUCGAGGACUCCCAUGUGCUCCAUUGGCUACGGUUCAAACAAGAAGACUCGCCACAUGAUGCCCAACGGACUCCGUCGUUUCGUCGUCUCCAACCCGAGGGAUGUCGACAUGCUCCUCAUGCACAACAACACCUUCGCCGCUGAGAUCGCCUCCAACGUCUCUUCGAAGAAGCGCAUCGCUAUCCUCGAGAAGGCCAAGGUUCUCGGCGUCAAGGUCACCAACGCUGAGGCUCGCGUCCGUGCCGUCGAGGCCUAAGCGGGCAGCCUCACUACGGUCCUCAUGUUUCUCUCUACCACCUGUGCGCUACGCUUCAUUGAUGGGUCAAGCGGCGGGCUGAGAAAUUGUACAAUUUCACUUGACAUCCAGAUCGCAACGACGCCGGCGAGCGAAGGAGUGGGCGAAGCGGUGUGAUGUGUGACGGGCAACCCUCCCAACGAGACUGGAGAGCUGAUGAUGUUUCACUUUGCUCUGUGACCCUUGCGCUGCUACAUUCACCAUUCUCCAGCCGG